UCAUUUGCUCCACCGCAGGCGAGAGCGCGGAACGCGGAGCAGCCAAUCGGCGCGCUCCGAUCGACGCCCCCCCGCGGGCUCAGCUCGCAGAAUUCUCCUCGGCAGCUUCCGCCAAAGUGCUGAGAGUCACUCCGCGCGCUCGGGAAGGCACCUCCGCACUGACAGCUGUUACAUCCGAGGGAUUCCCGGACCAACGCCUUACGCGCUCGGCGGUCUGGACCUCCCUUCUCGGACCCAAGAACCUGGUUCCCUUCUUCCCGGAGCUCCGUUUCCAGGACCCAGGCACUCCCGUUCCCCGCCUCCCGGAUCCAGGCGUCCGGGAUCUGCGCCACCAGGACCUCGCCUCUUGAAGACCACGGCUGCGUUGGCGCCGCCAGCUCUCCGGAGCCAAGGACCCCAGGUCCCAGCUUGAGAAACUACCGUUUUCCCCCCUCCCGGGGCUAGGAAACCCGGGGGCUCCCAACUCUCAGCGUUCGGAGGCCAGGAAGAGCACCGCCUGGGAGAGCAGAGCAGUCCCAGCGCCCAGUACAGAGCUCAGACACUCCCUCUUCCAAGAGCCAGACACUUGGGCGCUGCGAAGUCACACUCCGAGGAACCCUCAGAGUUCCAGCUUCCAGGCUGUUACUCAACUCUCAGUUCUAAGCAACGUCCGCGUCCUGGGAAGGAGCCCCAAGAGCUCCCAGCAUCCAGGCUCUAAGGAACCCCGGGGCGUUCAUCAUGGUGGCCGAUCCCCCUAAAGGAGACACCAAGUUGCUGGUGGCGGCAGAGCCCACUGCGAACAGUGUCUCAACAUCCGUCCCCAGAGAGGACCGAGGCACGGCAGGAGGCCGCUGCUGCAGCUCCCCCGACCAGGUGCGCAGCUGUCUUCGCGCCAACCUGCUGGUGCUGCUGACGGUGGUGGCCGUGGUGGCGGGCGUGGCAUUGGGCCUGGGGGUCUCUGGGGCCGGCGGCACGGCAGCCCUGGGCCAGGCGCGUCUGGCGGCCUUCGCCUUCCCGGGCGAGCUGCUGCUCCGCAUGCUGCGAAUGAUCAUCUUGCCGCUGGUGGUGUGCAGCCUAAUCGCCGGCGCCGCCAGCCUGGACCCGAGCUCUCUCGGCCGCCUGGGCGCCUGGGCGAUGCUCUUUUUCCUGGUCACCACACUGCUAGCAUCUGCGCUCGGCGUGGGUUUGGCGCUGGUUCUGCAGCCCGGCGCUGCCAUCGAGGCCUCGGUCAAGGAUGCGGAUCCUACCAAAAGCAUCAAAAGCAAGGAGGUGCUGGACUCCUUCCUGGAUCUUGUGAGAAACAUCUUCCCUGACAACCUGGUGUCUGCGACCUUCCGCUCAUACAACACCAUCUACAAAGAGGAUAUUUCCAAUGGAACCGAGGGGCCUGGCUCUUUGGACGUUUCCAAUGGAACCAAGGUGAAGAAGCCUGUGGGGGAACAGGUGGAGAGUAUGAACAUCCUGGGCCUGGUGGUGUUUGCCAUCGCCUUUGGCUUGGCCCUGCGGAAGCUGGGGCCGGACGGCGAGCCGCUCAUCCGCUUCUUCAACUCCUUCAAUGACGCCACCAUGGUGCUGGUCUCCUGGAUCAUGUGGUACGCCCCUGUGGGCAUCUUGUUCCUGGUGGCCAGCAAGAUCAUGGAGAUGGAGGACGUGGGGAUGCUCUUCACCAGUCUGGGCAAAUACAUCCUGUGCUGCCUGCUGGGCCACGCCAUUCACGGGCUCGUGGUGCUGCCUCUCAUCUACUUCCUCUUCACUCGAAAGAACCCCUACCGCUUCCUGUGGGGCAUCACGACGGCGCUGGUCACUGCCUUCGGGACCUCCUCCAGCUCUGCCACCUUGCCGCUGAUGAUGAAGUGUGUGGAAGAGAAGAACGGCGUCUCUAAGCAUAUCAGCCGCUUCAUCCUGCCCAUCGGUGCCACUGUCAACAUGGACGGCGCCGCCCUCUUCCAGUGUGUGGCCGCGGUGUUCCUUGCACAGCUUUACAAGGCGUCGCUGGACUUUGUAAACAUUAUCACCAUCCUGCUUACGGCCACAGCGUCCAGCGUCGGCGCGGCGGGCAUCCCGGCUGGAGGUGUCCUCACCCUGGCCAUCAUUCUUGAGGCAGUGAACCUACCGGUUGACAUCUCCUUGAUCCUGGCCGUGGACUGGCUAGUGGACCGGUCCUGCACCGUCCUCAACGUGGAAGGUGAUGCCUUUGGGGCGGGACUGCUCCAACAUUACGUGAAUCGGACGGAAUCUCAAUCUCGGAACUCGGUGCCCAAGUUGAUCCACAUAAAGAGCGAGGCGCCCCUGGACCCGCUGCCGGUCCCCGCUGAGGAGGCAAAUCCCUUCCUCAAACACUUCCCAGGACCCGGUGGGGAUGCCAGCACCUUCGAGAAGGAAUCGGUCAUGUAAACGCCAGUGAGGAUCUUCCCCGCCCUGAUGGGGGGGCACUUUGGACACUGGAUCCCAAGGGGUGAAUAAACGGACAAACCGGGACUCGGAGGGCCCCGCCCACACACUCCGGGGAGCCGGGGGGGCUCACACUGCCCCCCCAACCCCAGAUCUGGGAGCUUCGCUGCUGGGACAUAUGUGGAUGUGAGUGUGAAUGUCGCCCCCAAUUCCCCCCACGCUCCUUGACUCUUACCCUGAUCUGAGGCUAGGAAACAGGAAGAUGGAGAAGUAGUGUCCUCCACACCUCCUCCUGGGAGCCUGCCGGGCUGCCCCGUCUCAGGGCAGGAGCACAGGUCACCACGUGGAAUUCUGCCUUUUUUGAGAGGAAGGACACCAUGUGCUGGCUCCUUUGUUGGUUGUGUUGGUGUCUAUAGCUGUGUGUGUGUGAGAGAGAGAGAGAGAGAGAGACAUGCAUGUGUGCUCUGUGACUCCAGGGCACAUCCCACCCGUCAGGGAACUCUGGGUAGGGCAAACUGACAACAAAUACUGCUGUCACUCCAAAGGACAGUUUUUAGCAAUAAAAUGGUCAGGGCUGUCGAA